CCAUUUUACAAUUAAGUAGUAUCCCUAUAGCGGGCCUCGUAUGGGCCUAAAUGUGGGUCCAUAUAACAUUCAAUGGACCUGCGACAUUGCCAUUUUUAAUCCAAACCUGACCGUUGAUAACUAUCUGAAAGAGAGGUUAGUUUAGGCUGUUUAGCCGGAUACACACUAUGCGGUUGAGAUAUCUUAGAAAUAAGAACUAUAUACUAUAACAGGGAUAAAUAGACUAGCAACCAACUUAUUCCUUGUCACCAAUCUAAUCAUUGUCGGUUACGUGUUUAUAAAUAUUUUUGGACCAUUGUCUCUUUCUUAUUGUUCUUCUCUCUCCUUGCUAAUGUCACAUUUGCCAGGGCUGCCCAAAAUAAUUAUAGAUUAUACUCUUCUCAACUACUUCUAGUUUUGUUACAAUUCAUGAAUUAUAUGACUUCCAAAAUCCAAUCAUUGGACAUAAAUCUCCAUAUAUUCCAUUGAUACUUCUUUAUAGUCAAAUUUAAAUCAUUAGAAAAAUCUUUAGUAAAAACGUCGUUUGUUUGAUCUCAAUUCCAUUCUUAAAAUCUUUCCCUAUAUAUCCGAAUACAUUUUCUUACUAAUAGCAACAUUCAUUCAAAAAUGCAUGCAAGGUAAAAUAAAUUCCGAUAUAGCGUUAGUAAAAAUAAUAAUUGUGGGUUUUAUCUAAGCCUACAUAAUUCAUUGUAUAUAUAUUAUGUGUUUUUGUUAUAGAGUAACUUAAAAUGUAAUCAUUAUUUUAUUAAAGACAAAAAUGAAGCAUUAUAAACUCAGCAAAAGUGUAAACAUAUAAUCUCGUCUAUAAGAAAAGAAAUCUUGUAGGAUUCAAUAUUUGCCGAAAUGUAACUAAUUCACACACCACACCAAAAUAUGUAUUUGUCUUCUUUUGUAACAUCAUCGUCACACCCUUAACGGCGUAGGUCCAUGUACAGGGCGUAGGUCCAUGUACAGAGCAUCUGUUUAUGUGGUUUAACAUGAGCUGCUCAUUUAAGCAGAGUUGUGAUAUUUAUGGGUUUUAAAUGAAAACACAGAAUAAAACCAUGUGCUUUAAGAAUCUUUCACACUCUCUCUAUCUUUAUAUAACCACAUGCCUUCUCUUCAACAUCAUCAUCAUUACAGUGUUUCCUUAUCCCUACCCUUCGAAGCAAAAACAAAACUCCUUCUGUUCUAUUCAUCACUAUUGCUCUAAGACAGCAUCAAAACACUAUCUUUUAUAGAGCCAAAGAUGCUGCAGAUUGUUGGCAAGUAUAGGUGGAGACAAUCAUGUCGUUACAAGAAGCUAACGAAUCAACAUGAAAACUUGACUGCAUUGCCACCACCAACAACAAGGUCGACUAAAAGGCAGAACUCGGGGAAGAAGAGCGAGAUUCGAGCAAAAGGGUUUAGACUAAACCGAUCAAGAAAGCUGGUUCUUAAGGCAUUAGCAUUUCCUAGAAGGUUAUUUAACAUGUAUGUGCGUAUCACAAAUAAGAUGAACAGAGAAGGUUUGUAUCCUAAUCUUGUUUUUUCUUCUCAUUGGGGUUUCCCUCUGAACUCAAGAGGUGGGUUCUGUUAGAGAGAAGAGGUCUGCUUCUGAUUAAUCAUACAAAGAAUGAUACAUAAAAUUGUGAAGGCAAUGAUUACAUUACUUACAUACAUACAAUGUUCUUGUAACUUGCCAUGUUUAUUGAUUUGGAGAAUAACUGAAACAGAGUUCAGAGUUUGUUCUUUCUUAAUA